GGAAUGUUCACAUGUAGACUUGCACAAAAAACUUCCUCCAGAUUUGUCAGACUUCUCUCCUCUUACAAGGUAGCUGUAGUGGGGAGCGGACCUGCUGGGUUCUACACGACACAGGAGAUACUAAAGUCCUCCUCGCACCAGUUCACUGUUGAUAUAUUCGAGAAGUCUGCUGUUCCGUUCGGGUUGGUUAGGUUCGGGGUUGCGCCAGAUCAUCCGGAGGUAAAGAAUUGUAUCACGACUUUUGAAGAAAUAGCAGCACGGCCGAAUGUGCGGUUUUUAGGUAACGUUGCAGUAGGGUACGAUAUACGAUUAGAGGAGUUGUUGAGUAGAUAUCACGUGGUUGUGUUGGCAUAUGGAGCUGGAUCAGAUAACAAGUUAGGAAUACCAGGAGAGGAAGCAGCUGGUUGCUAUAGUAGCAGUGAGUUUGUAGGGUGGUUUAACGGUGUACCACAGCACAGCUCACUCAAACCCAACUUAUCUGGGGAAAAUGUCGCCAUUAUCGGGCACGGUAAUGUGGCGCUGGACUGUGCGCGCAUCCUCGCUGCUCCGCUACCGCAUCUCGAGAAGACUGACAUAUCAGGGCAUGCGGUGGAGUGUUUGAGAGAAAGGAAUGUCAAGAAUGUUAAUCUGUAUGGUAGGAGAGGGGUUAUGCAGUUUCAAGGUACUAUAAAGGAGGUCAGAGAAUUCACCAAGCUAUCAAGAGUAAGGUUAUCAGUUGACAGUGAUAACAUCGACCAGAUUAGAUCUAUAUUACCCAACAUUCCACGACCUAAGAAACGUUUAACAGAUCUACUACUAAAACACUCCUCCUCUCCUCCCCCUUCGUCUGAUGAUAUCAGCGUUUGUAUUCAGUUCGGCUGGUCUCCGCUAGAGAUAAAGACAGACUCAUCAGGUCAUGUGAAGAGUGUGGUGCUGCGUAAGAACCUGAUAUCAGGUGAUAUGAUGUCACCUGAUAUCACCCCUACUAAGGAGAUACGCGAGGUACCUUGUAGCUGUGUCAUCACCAGUAUUGGGUAUAAAGUUAUAAAACUGCCCGGUGUUCCUUUCUGUGAUACCUCUCACAGUAUUCCGGAGGACUUGUCCCGGGUGUUGGAGUGCCCUGGUGGUCCACGUGUUCCGGGGCUGUAUACGUCGGGUUGGGCGCGGCGGGGAUCUGAUGGGGUGUUAGCAACUACAAUAACAGACAGUGCCAAUACUGCUAUGUCUAUAUUAGAGGAUCUGGAAGUGAAUAGUCGAAGUUUAAAUGAGAAUGGUGAUGUUUGUGAUAUGUUUAGGGACAGAGGCGUUGAGUUUGUAACGUUCGAUCAGUGGCAAGAGAUUGAUUCUCUGGAGAAAGAGAAAGGGAAAGUGAAAGGGAAACCGAGAGAGAAACUGGUUUGUUAUAAAGAUAUUAUGGAUAAGAUAAAGGCUCUUUUCUGAGAUAAGACAUUGCUAGGAUUUUAAUUAGUGUAGUAAUUUAUGAAUUAGGCAGCUGGGAAAUGAAUAUGUAAGUGUUACUUGAAUUUGGUUUAUAAAGUUUAUAAAAUACUCCCUUCACUACUAGGAUUUAUGCACAGUUUUGUAAACAAAUCAUUAGUGCAAUUUAUUCAUUCUGUAUAUAAUGUUGCAAUUUGUUACGUCGACCCUCUAUAUUUUUUUUGAUUGUCACAGUUUCUGUUAAUUAGAAAUAUAGCUAACUGUAAACCAUAAAUUUGCUGAUGAGCAUGAUUUCAUUAUUGGUUACUGGUUCAAUGUUCAUUUAGGUUUCAAAGUUUUUAAAGCUCUUCCCACUAGUGAUUUUAAGAAUGAGGUUAGAGUUGCUGUUCACAGUUCUUGUUCUGAUGUCACGUAUCCUGUGUGACGACCAACUCACUGGACAGGUAAUUAGCGACUAAUUAACUAAUUGAGUUAAUAGUGACCAAUAAGCUAAUACAGUUAUUCAGAGUCGAAUCUGAUAAUAAGUGAAAUUUGGUUUUUCUCUGAUUAGAAUUCAGUAGAUAGAAGAGGUAAGCUCUUGUUAUAUCUAUUACUUGAUUUGUUUUCAGAAAAAUUUAGUUUGUUGGACCCACUAGUUAAUUUAUUGAUUUAUUUCAUGUAACCACCAGAUUGUGUAAUUUAAAUCUACUUUUGCACUUGUAAACUUUUAUAUUUUAC